AUGGACUUCACCAACGUGCCCCGGCAUCAUCUCUCCAUGGACGAACCACUAUUAGUGUCCGAGAUUGUCACAGCCAACAAUGGCGGCAAGGCCUAUCACUGGGCUCUCACUGACACCGAGCGCGCUCACAUAGCCAACUUGCUCAACGUUGACGCUACGGAAUUGGCUGUCAAGGGCACCAUUAUGAAUCGGGAACGCUCUACAUGCAAUGGAUGUGGAAAGCAAUCUGGUCUGGAUGAUCUAGUGCACAAUGCGCUGCACGCAGGUAUUCACUCGGCGCCAUUCAUGGCAAAUGUUUUAGCGAAUGGGCCAAAAGGGCCAGAGGAGAUUCCUCCUCAUGAACUGACUUGCUCACGCUGCGCCACCAAGCAUGAGGGCUCGUUUGGCUAUGGUAGGGUUCAUUGGAAGACUUUCUAA